AUGGACACCCUGGUGCACCUUUACUUUAACCAGUCGGAGCUGAAUGACGAGGUCAAAACGCUGAUUCUAAGCUGGGUGACCUUCUUCAAGAAUAACUGGAACAGCCUGUUUAACGUAGACAAGGAAAUCGUCCUCAACUUGGAAUUUUUCCUGGACAACAAAAAAUUGAUAAACAGAAACGCCCCUCCGAAUAAUGAAGUAUAUUUACACGAGCUGAAGAAAAAUCCAGAAAUCGUUUUGAAGUUCAUGAAAUUGGCUCUGCACUUGCUGUUGUGUAAGAUGCUAGACAUAGAAGCGGUGAGUACGGAGGAGGUUCCUGUGGAGGUGAGUGAGGGCAUCAGGUUCGAGGCCGCCUUGGGGAGGGAUGAUGUGUGCAGCACGAGCAGUGACAGCAGCGGGGGGCACAGCAGCGACAGUGCGAGUAAAAUCAGGAAGGACAAGCUCACAGUUGGCACUCAGCUGCGUGGCAUUGCAAACCAUCUCGGCGGUGGCGCUGCAAACCAUCUCGGCGGUGGCUCUGCAAACCAUCUCGGAGGUGGCUCUGCAAACCAUCUCGGCGGUGGUGCCUACUUCAUGGGCGGGGGCCACCUCGGUAUCCGAUCCGCGGUAAUGCGCACCGCCGCCGCCUCCCCCCGGAGCCCCUUCAUCAGACGAGACGAAAUCAGCGACUUCGAAAAUGACGAUCCCCUAAUCAACGAACUCAAGUGUGACCGCUACAAGGAAUCAGAAUUUUUCAAGUCCUACUUCCUAACAAAUAGAAUCACCAUCUAUAUAUACAACUGGAAUAAGCUAAACAAAUUUGAAAAUCUAAAAAGUGAAAAGGUUAAUCAACUCAUAUGUCUUCGAGGAAGCGUCUUAAGAGUAUCCCCCAUCCAACUCCUAAUCACCAAACUUGAUUUUAUUUGUGAUAAAUGCAAAGGAAUUAUCCAAGUAGAAUUUACAGAUGGAAAAUUUGAUACCCCAAAAAAAUGUCCUAACCCUAAUUGUGAUAGUCGGAAUUUCCAUCCAAUUAGGGAAUCAGCUAAAUCGAUAGAAUAUCAAAAGAUUAUCCUGAAAGAAAAUAAAAAAAUUUUAAGUAGUAUGAAUGAAAUGGGAGAUUCCAAUGUAAAAAAUCUAACAGUUACUUUGGAAGUCUCCAAAUUCUUUAUAAAUUCUUGUGUCCCAGGGAAUUAUGUCGAAGUUGUAGGAAUACUCAAAGUCAUCUCAUACAAUAAUAAUUAUCUAAUUAAUGGGAAAAAUUCUAUAUAUAAUAUGUACAAGUACCUGAAUAACAGCUCCUUCAAUUUCGAGAAGGUCAAGGAGACAAAGAACAAGCUUUACAAUUCUCUGCUCUGGGAGUCCUACUUUGAUAAAAUUGAGAAAAAGAUGCUCCUCUAUUCUUGUGACGAGAAGGGUGCAAAUGUGGAUAAGCUGGAUGGGGGAAAAGAGGGGGACCUCAUUGGCAGAGACCAAUCAGCCGCUACUCAGGGGGACUCCAUUGGUAGAGACCAAUCAGCCGCUACUCAGGGGGGCCCCGUGGGAACAGACCAAUCGGCCGCUACUCAGGGAGACCCCGUGGGAACAGACCAAUCGGCCGCUACUCAGGGAGACCCCGUGGGAACAGACCAAUCAGCCGCUACUCAGGGAGACCCCGUGGGAACAGACCAAUCAGCCGCUACUCAGGGAGACCCCGUGGGAACAGACCAAUCAGCCGCUACUCAGGGAGACCCCGUGGGUAGGGAGAAGCCUCCCUCGCUUGGAGACACCCCAAAUGGAACCCACCUGAGAAGCCUAACCCACAUUGAGAACAACGCAACACCUGUUUGCACUAAUGAUUACAGGCCCCUAGGAGGGGACAAUUAUAUCGCCACUAGCGAAAUAGACAUUAAGGCCAAAACGAACGUCUCCUUUGACGCAAGUACGGUGAAUAACUCCAUCGAAAUGAAUACCUACGAGGCGCUAAUUUGUGCAGGCAUUGGUGAGAUGCUAAGCGAAGGUGUAGCUACCACUUCGGGGGAUAGCCAAAACGGGGUGCCUCAAUUUGGUGAUUCAGUAGAAAAGGCUUCCACUUCGAACGGGGAGAAAAGAAACACCGGGGAAGACCCCCCUACGGUAGGAGAUACGAACAGAGAGACCUCCUCAAUGUUGGAAGACCUCCAAUUGGAUGACGACGAGCUGUGCAUGUACGGGGAUUACAUCGAUGAGGAGAGCUUGGGGGUUGAGCGGAAGAGGAAAAGGGGGCAAGGCGAUUACGGCGGCGAGGGAGAGACGGGAGAACUUGGAUGGACAACCCACCCCAACGGGAUGAACCAGGAGUGCCAAAUAACCUGGCCAAGCGGAACGAACCAGUUGUGGCAGCCACCCGAACCGGGGCAGCCAUCCGAACCGGGGAAGCCAAACCAACCGGGACAGCCAACCGAACCGGGGCAGCCACCGCACCCUGGACAGCCACCGCACCCUGGACAGCCGCCGCACCCGGGACAGCCGCCGCACCCGGACGACCCGAACGAUGAGCACCAUUUCAACCAGAACAAGCAGUUCGACGCGAAGGUCCUAGAAUUCCUGGAAGACAUGCACAAAUACGGAAAGAACAAAUUCUACCUCCUCGUAGCCUCCCUCUGUCCACGUAUCAUAAUGAACAGUUAUAUAAAGGCAGGCAUGUUACUCAGUCUCCUCGGAGGAAAAACGAUAUAUGAUGAGUACAAGCAAAUAAAAAGGAGAGGAAAUAUACACAAUCUACUCAUAGGAGAUCCAGGAUUAGGAAAAAGCAGAAUUCUUCAGUACGUAAGUAACAUCAUCGAAAACAGCUUAUUCAUUUGUAGCACAUCGACCAGCAUUAACGGAUUAACUGCAUGUGCAUUUAAAGACGCCACAAAUAAUGAGUACUCCCUGGAAGGAGGUGCACUAGUUCUAUCAGACAAAGGCAUAUGCUGUAUCGAUGAACUGGACAAAAUAUCUCUAACUGAUCAGCAGUCAUUUCUUGAGUGUAUGGAAAGUCAAUGCAUUAACAUAAGCAAAGCUGGGAUCGUAUGCAAUCUCAAGACCAGGUGUUCCAUCAUUGCGGCAUCCAACCCAAAGGAAGGAAAAUACAACUACAAUAAAACUAUUUUUGAAAAUAUCAAAAUUCCCUUCCCUUUGUUAUCUCGGUUCGACCUAGUCUUCUUAUUAACGGAUAAAAUGUCGGAGGAGAAAGAUUACCGGAUCUCGAAUUACCUCAUUAAUUCCAGCUAUGAUGCGCAGGGGAGAAGGAAAAAAAAAAGAAGAAGAAAGGAACGGGAAAGGGGAAGGGGAAGGGGAACUGAAAGGGGAAGUGAAAGGGAAAGAAACCCACAGGGCACACACAAAAAAGAUGCUCACAAAAAAGGUGUUCCCAAUGAGGAUCGGCCGGGUGAUCAUAGAAGCCAUGCUAGCAAUGCUAGCGAUGCCAGCGAUGACAGCGAUGACAGCGAUGGCAGCGAUGGCAGCGGUUGCGACGAUGAGGAUAUGUUUUCCCUAAAAAAUGACCUGCUGAACAAGUGUAAACAAAUCGAUGAACGCAGCUACCUACCUGUCGAGCUCCUCGGAGUCUUCAUAAAAUAUUGCAGGAAAUGUAUUUUCCCCACUCUAUCCGAUGAAGCUAAAAAGUACAUAAGAAAAUUUUAUCUGCAUUUACGAAGUCUCUCCGCUACACAUAGUCAUAUAAGCUCUCCCAUCACCAUAAGGCAAUUGGAAUCCUUAAUUCGUCUAUGCCAAGCCAGGGCAAGGGGGGAUCUUUCGAAUGUCGUAACACUGUACCAUGCGAAGGAGGUCGUGGAGAUUUACCAGAAAACGAUUUUCUACCCUUCGUACUUGAAAACGCUCAAUUUUAGAGAAAAAACGGCCAGCAGGAUAAGCAGGGGGAAGUCGGCCGCCGCCAUUUCGAACGUAUUCAAGGAGGGCAUCAUUCAGCUGGUGAAGCAGGGCGAAAAUAAAAUUUUCAACAAGGACCUGCGUAACCUAGCCAAGACGGUCAUCCUCUCAGCGGAGUCGUACAUCUCGGACGAAGCGUUAAUUCACUACUUGAACAACGAAGGGUUUAUUUUGUACAAGGGUGGCUACUGGCAGGGGCAUCUUCUUAUGCCCCUGUGUGCUGACAGCCCAUAUAGCUGUUGCCUGCUCACGUAG